CCAGCCGCGAUCCUUCGACCUUGCUUUGACCAAUUAAACCUACUAUGGAGCGUGUCAAUUACCCGGCGCAGCAUGACGACGCGUCCCCUCAAAACCCCUCUGCCGUGCCAGCCAGGAGAACUUAUGUCCGCGCGACGAUCUUGAACGAUCAUCUGCAUGAAACUUCUAGGCAGCUCCCUCACGGCGAACGUCAGAGACUGAUCGACGGUCUCACAUACGCCUCUGCUAUACCUGUACCUGCCCCUGACAUCGGUGCCAGUGAGAGCAGCGACCUGCAAGCGGAGGCACUGGAGGCGCUCCCAGGAGGGCUGUCUGAUAUAGAUGUAAGAAGGUUCGGCGCGCCAUCGCUCCACUUAGCACCCCAGUGCCAGAAGCAACUCGCUCACCAACUGAAAAACUCGUUACUUUCAAUCACAGCCUAUUAUGAGGACGCAGAGACCGGUGCCGAGAGCAUUGAAGCUGCAUCGUCACUUGCGGAUCGCAUUUGGUCUCAGCGUGACAGUAUCGAGCGCGAGCGCAAGCUCUCCGAAACGUGCCGGGACAGAAUAUCAAUGCUAGUCGAUGAGAUUAACCAAAUUCAUCCAAGGCUCGAGGAUGAUCUCGUCGGCGCGCUUUCAACCCUCCCAUCGAUCUCAAACGCUGCGCGCACAGCAGAAGCUGACCUCCUGAGCACCACAAUAGAGGCAUCUCUCAUGAAGCUCUCGCUCAUGCGCACUCGUAUGCACAUCGCCUUGUACGGCCACUCGUCUCCGAACCGCCCCGACUCAAACAUGAACCGCGCCCUUGCUACGGCAAUGGAGAAACUGCGCGCGAAGGCGCGGGCUCAGGAGGAAGAAGAGCGCGAGCUGGAUGGGCAAAUUUCCGCGUAUGAUGGAAUGCUCAGCCUGGUAGGCGGUAAGGACGGCAAUUUCGCGCAGGCUGUCGAGGAUAUGGCCCGCGUGAAGCGCGAGACCGAAGAGUGUAGGAAGGACCUACGAAGACUGGGUUGGACUGGAGACUAGGACUCCUCGGAUGCAAUAUUGGAGAGGAUCGAUUGGCAUAUAGCCUUGUCUGUGCGACUGCUACUGUCAGUACGUAUACAUAC